AUGAGGGGCGAGAACGUGAGCAGGGUCAGCGCCUUCGUCCUGGCGGGCUUCCCCACGGCCCCGCAGCUGCAGCACCUGCUCUUCCUGCUCACCUACCUCUUUGUGCUGCUGGAGAACCUGGCCGUCAUCCUCACCGUCUGGGCCAGCCCCUCCCUCCGCCGGCCCAUGUACUACUUCCUGGGCACCAUGUCCUCCCUGGAGAUCUGGUACGUGUGUGACAUCAUCCCCAAGAUGCUGGACGGCUUCCUCCUGCAGCGCAGACACAUCUCCUUCGUCAGGUGCAUGACUCAGCUCUACUUCUUCAGCUCCCUGGUGUGCACCGAGUGUGUGCUCCUGGCCUGCAUGGCCUACGACCGCUAUGUGGCCAUCUGCCACCCCCUGCGCUACCGAGUCAUCGUGACCACGGGGCUGUGCGUCCAGCUGGUGGCCUUCUCCUUCGUCAGUGGCUUCUCCGUCUCCGUGAUCAAGGUCUGCUUCAUCUCCAGCGCCACGUUCUGUGGCUCCAACGUCCUGAACCACUUCUUCUGUGACAUCUCCCCCAUCCUCAAACUGGCCUGAGACUUCUCGACGGCGGAGCUGGUUGACUUCAUCCUGGCCUUCAUCAUCCUGGUGUCCCCGCUAGUCACCGUGUUCUCCUACGGACACAUCACCCUGGCCGUCCUGCGUGUGCCCUCGACUACCGGCCGGUGGAGAGCCUUCUCCACCUGUGCCUCCCACCUCACCGUGGUCACCAUCUUCUACACGGCCAUGAUCUUCAUGUAUGUCCGGCCCCAGGCCAUUGACUCCCGCACCUCCAACAAGCUCAUCUCUGCUGUGAACACUGUCCUCACCCCUAUUUUGAACCCCCUGAUCUACUGUCUGAGGAACAAAGAAUUUAAGGACGCCUUUCGAAAGGGCUUAGGUCGACUUUAA